AGCUGUGUACAUUUUUUUUUAGAAAUGCUGCAAGACGUAAAAGUGUGGCAUUUAUCACGUGUAAUGACGCCCCACUUUUCUUUUUAGCUUCUUUCUUUUUGCUGAAUAUAAUUUUGCUAAUAAUAAAACUGCAAACAAAUUUUCAAUGGACAAUUGUAAUGCUAUUUUUUUGUUCUUCUGUAAAGACCAGGAGUUGGACUUACUCAAUUAACUUUUUCUCUGCAAAAUAACGAUAUAAAAAACUAUAGUAACAAAUCAAGAGAUCCCGUUUGAAACUCCCGGAUACAUGUCAGAAUGGACGGACGAGCAAAAAGCUGACCAUAUAUUUCGCUUAAUGAAGACAUUACCAACCCAACAAGUUAUCAAGAUUAUUGACCGCAUUUCACCUUACCUUGAACAGGAUAUUAUAUCACAUUUGCCUUAUGAGAUUGGGCUUCAGAUAUUGGGUUAUUUAGAUCUUUCCUCCCUGUUACAAGCGACAAGAGUAUGUAAAAACUGGAAACUGCUGUGUGAAGAACAAUCUGUGUGGAGAAGCCUUUUUAUAAACAGAGGCUGGGGUUAUGAUCAGGACGAGAUGGAUGCCUACCUUUCAAAUACGAUGACUACUACCUCAUCACCACCAAAAACAAAAGUAGCUAGUGUUUCCCUGAACAGAACAUUUCGACUUAAGUCUAUCCGACUUUAUAAACCCACUCCUCAUAAACAAGCAAAAGAGUUGAGUCAUCAUUACAACUGGAAGUCAAGUAGUAAUUGCAUCAACUGGAAAAGACUCUAUCAAAAUAGACUUAAAAUUGAACGACGCUGGGCAAAUGGCAUUCAAGAGAUAUCUGAAUUUCCACCUCUUUCCACUUCAUUAUCUGAGCUUCAUAAAACAGAGGGAAUCUAUUGCGUUCAGUUUGACAAGAACAAGUAUGUGACUGGAAGCCGUGAUAAUACAAUCAAAGUCUGGGAUAUGGAAGGUAAAUGCAUACAGACCAUUGAGGGACAUACAGCGAGUGUCCUAUGCCUACAAUACAAUGAUAAGGUCAUUGUAAGCGGAAGUUCAGACUCUACUUUAAUGGUAUCUGAUUUAGCUUCGGGUAACCAUCUACGUUCCUUGACGGGACAUUCAGACAGUGUGCUUUGCUUGAAAUUGGUAGGGAAUGACAGAGUGGUAAGUUGCUCGAAGGAUAGGUCCAUAAAAUUAUGGAAUAUGAAUACAGGUGAGUGCAUACGAACAUAUCAAGGCCAUGAAGCUGCUGUAAAUGCAGUACAAUGGAUGGAUAAUUACAUUGUGUCUGCCUCGGGAGAUCGCACUAUACGUAUCUGGAAUUUAGAAACUGGGGAAUGUAUAAAAAAACUCGUUGGACAUUCACGUGGUGUUGCAUGUGUAGAUUAUGACGGGAGUAAAAUAUAUAGUGGAUCCAGUGAUAAUACGAUCAAGAUAUGGGACGCAAAAACAGGAGAAUGCGAUUACACAUUGGUGGGUCACACACACCUGGUCCGGACCAUCCAACUAGACAAGACAGCCAAUCGACUUGUGAGUGGCUGUUACAAUGGCAUGAUUAAAAUGUGGGAUUUAAAUGAACGAAAGUUAAUAUGUGAUGUGAGUUCAUUAGUACAUGGAAGGGUGCUUAAUCUCAAGUUUGAUUUUUCAAAAAUUGUUUGUUGCACCAACUCACUUCGGGUUGUCGUUUUUAAUUUUGCGUUUGACGUAAAUACCAAAUUUCUAUUGUAAUAUUAAAAAAAAAAG